AUGCUGUGGAAACACAGACGGCUACACCAGAUUACUAAGAUUGCCACUAGAGACAAAACCAUCACGCAGCUCCCCGAGAAGAUCUCAAACUAUUUUCACCGGUUUUACUCAGACCUUUACCACCUCCCUACAGGUGACACGGAAGGUGAACGCACACAACGCACAACCUUCAUAUGGGACCACUUGAAUAACAACAUAGCUACGACCCUGAUGCAAGACACUGUAGAAGAACUGGAGACCCCUAUAUCGCUAGAGGAACUUUGA